UUUACGACAACGCCAUGCCCCAGAUUCUAGAGCUGCCUACUUCCGUGAAAGAUGUGCAGACCAAGAGCCGCGUCCGCAUUCGUAUGGGCCCUUUGCUCGCUGCUGCCCACGCGUUUUCAGCGAUCUCCAUAAUGUUCUACCUCUUAAUAGCUAUCCUGACAGACUAUGAGGUGACCACGCACACCAAGUGCACAAGACUGAACGUGUUUCCAUCCUUGUCGGCAGUGGCCAAAUCCCAGUACAUCGGCUGGCGGGUAACCUGCGUCACGACCCUGCCGUUUGGUCUACUCACCGGCUGGCUCUACUUUCGCUACUAUCGACGAACUCUUCCGCGCCAGGUGCGCUCCUUUGGCUACCUAGUGGCUCUGUUCAUCUUCCUGAUGGUAAUAACCAUCUUGCUGUGGGGCAUCUAUCCGAACAUCGAUGGCGAUUCGACGCUUCACAGGGCGAUAGCCAUCUCCCUCUUCGUUUGUGGGGCCAUCUUAAUGGCCGGAUCUUUUCUUUGCCACAAGUACUAUAUCUGCGACGGCAAAGAGUCCCCGGAACAGCUGGGCGAUUGGCUGAAGCGCAAGCUGUUCGUCACCUACUUCGCCUCUGUUCCAGUCACGUGGCUCUGCUACUUUCUUCACGAGGAGUUCUGCUUUCCCUUUGCCUAUUCUGUGUUUGGCAUCUCCGAGUUUGUCAACAUUUGCACCGUUUACCUAUUCAUGUCCUUCUCCAACUACUUUGACUUCUACAACGUCCACAUCUGCCACGACCAGCGGCUGGGCUUCUUCCUCAGCGAAUUCUGAUUCAGAUGUAUUUAACAAAUAUUCUCUAUAACAAAAUAAACACUCAGACUUAUGGCUA